AUGGCAGCUGCCGCCGCGGCGGUCGGAGCUGCAUCGGCCGCGGUUGCCAACCAAGACCCCAUGAAUGCGCUCCGCACAGCCGUCCUCCGCCGCUCCGUGCCGCACUGGUCCGCCGCCGCCGCCGCCGCCGCCUUCUUUUCCCCGCCCUUCCGCCCCCGCCGCUGCCGCUGCCGCCGCGAGCCCGCUCCUGCAGCCGCCGCGCGUACCCCGAGGUCCCGCGCGAGUGCCAAGGCCCGGGCGAAGCUCCUGGCGGAGGCUGAGCCCCGGGACCCCUGGCUCGCCUCCCUCUCGCUGCUGCCGACCGACGACGUCGCCGGUGCUGACGCCGCCCCCAACGGGUGGGCGAUUGGGGUGGAUCCCGACACUCGAGGCGCCAUCGCCGUCCUCUCGCCUGACGGCUCCUCUCAGGUGUUCGACAAUCCGUUCGUGCACAUUGUGGUGUCAGAGGUCAUCCGUAAACGCCUGGACACCAAGUCCAUUAUCCAACUGCUCCGCGGCCUUGAUGCGCCUCCUGGAACUAUGGCAUACAUUGAGAAGUCUAGCCCGUUUCCAACUGAUGGAAAGCUGGGAUGGUGGAGCACUGGUUUCUCAUAUGGCUUGUGGAUUGCUUCUCUAGUGGCUUCUGGGUUUUCAGUUGUUCCAGUUGCAUCCCAGACAUGGAAGGCUUACUUUGGGCUGUCCCGAAGUGAAACACCAAAGGAUGAUAGCAGACAAGCUGCUUCAAUUUUGUUCCCUGACAAAGCUCGGUCCUUGAAGUUGAAAAACACCAUGCUAAUAUUUGUGACAAAUUGGGAGGGAGGGCGAGCAGAGGCUCUUCUGUUAGCAUCCUAUGGGAAAGGCCUUGUGCUGCCAUCAGGGAAGUUCAGCAAAACCCCAGUUUGA